UAAUGAAGAUGAAACAAAAAUUUAUGGAGUUAUGCCUUAUUUGGCUCCUGAAGUAUUAAAAGGAAAACCUUAUACUCAAGCAGCAGACAUAUAUAGUUUUGGUAUGAUUAUGUAUUUUGUAGCAACUGGAAAACAACCUUUCGCCAAUCGUGAACAUGAUCAAAACCUUGCAUUAGAUAUAUGUGAAGGAGUUAGACCCGAAACAAGUGAUCAAGAAAUGCCGAAAUGUUAUCGUGACUUGAUGAAAAAGUGUUGGGAUUCAGAUCCAAAUAAUAGAUUAAAAGCUAGUGAAAUAGAAAAAUUGAUUAAAUUAUUCCAUGAUUCAUAUUGUCCAAUUGAAACAGAACAAGAUGAUGAUGAAAUUGAAGAACAAUUCAAAGAAGCUGAAAGAUACAGAAGAACAAAUAGUGAUAAUUAUUUACCAACUGUUCAUCCUCAAGCUAUUUAUACAUCUAGAUUACUUAAUCCUUUUACUCCAAAAUUUAUUGAUGAUAAUGUCAAAUAAAGCAUUCAACAGGCUUGAAAAAAGAGGAA